UAGCUCGCGGGCCGGGUCGUACAUACACUUUGCUGUAGGCAAACGACGAAACACAAAAUCAGUUUCUCGCCGCUCGUGUACGGAACAACAACGUUUUGUGAAGAAAGUUAAAGCAGUAAAAGCGCAAAAAAGCGAAACACUGAAAAGAGACUGAGUAGAACGGGUCAUAAAGACAGGCAGACACUGUAGUCAGUCAGUCAGUUGGGCAAACGCAAGCCACCCCGAAGCAUACACGCAGAAGAGUGAUUUUGUAGAAAAGUGCUGAAUAGAAAAGUGCAAGCAAGCAAAAAGAGAUUUGUUGAAAAAGAAAAAUAAGCAAAAAAUUAAUAAAUUAUAAAAUUUAUUUAAUUUUAUUAUAUUCUUUAAGAACAACAACAAAUUAAACAAAAUGAGCAAAUUUGCGUGGGUGACGCUUACCACAAAUGACACGUACUCACUGGGUGCUCUCGUGUUGGCACAUUCGCUACGCCGCGCCGGCACUGCCCAUCAAUUGGCCGUCCUGGUGACGCCCUCCGUCUCGGAAGCUAUGCGCCAGCGCCUGCAAGAUGUCUACAAUGUAGUGCAAGAAGUGAAUGUUUUGGACUCACAGGAUGCCGCUAAUUUGGCACUGCUCGCACGUCCCGAAUUGGGUGUUACAUUCACAAAAUUGCACUGCUGGCGUUUGGUGCAAUUCGAGAAGUGUGUCUUUCUCGAUGCCGAUACACUGGUGCUGCAAAACUGCGAUGAACUGUUCGAACGCGAGGAAUUGUCUGCCGCACCCGAUGUCAGCUGGCCCGAUUGCUUCAACUCCGGUGUGUUCGUCUAUCGUCCCAGUUUGGAGACAUUCGGCAAAAUCACAGAAUUCGCCGUGCAACAUGGCAGUUUCGAUGGCGGCGAUCAGGGCUUGCUGAAUUUGUAUUUCGACGAUUGGGCGCAAAGCGAUAUUAAGAAGCACUUGCCAUUCAUCUAUAAUGUGGCCGCAUUCGCUUCCUACUGCUAUUUGCCUGCAUUCAAACAGUUCAGAGAUAAAAUUAAGAUUUUGCAUUUUGCGGGCAAAUUGAAGCCAUGGCUAAUACAGUUCAAUUCCGAAAAUCGCCAGGCGCUCACGCCCACAGAAUAUGCGCACGCCGCCGAUUUAAUACAGUUCUGGUGGAAUAUCUUCUGCGACAAUGUGCACCAACAGUUGUCCGAUGCCAUGUGUGGGGCGCUCCUUCAUUAUUACUAUCAUUAUCAACAACAACAACCCGCACAGCAACAACAACACGACCACUAUGAUCAUCACUAUGAGCACGAACAGCAUCACGAACAUUCGCCGUCGUCAGCGCCGAAUUAUUACGAAUUUGAAAAUAUCAAAGAAUUUCGCGAUCCUUGGGAAGAUUACUAUGAGAAUUUAGCGAAGCAAGAAAGCAAAGAACGUGAACAACAUCAUGAGCAGCAUUACGAGCAUCAGCAUGAACACCACGAACAACAUCACGAGCAUCAGCAUGAAUACCACGAACAACAUCACGAGCCGGAAUCGCAACCACCAGCGUCGGAGCCAACUCACGAAUGGCAACACAAAGAAGAAGAGCAACAGAGACAAGAUCAACAAGAGGCUAAUUAUAAUAGAGAACAACAGGCUUGGGUUGCAGCCACACAACCCCAGCAACAUCAUGUACAAUCACAACAGCAGCAACAACAACAUGAAAAGCCAAUAGAACCAGAACAUCAUGACCAUGGAGCACAGAAAACUCCUGAAAUUCAUGCAACUCAUAAGUCCUAUGAACAAAGUACAAAUUCUCGAAGAAAUGAGAAUACAACAACAACAAAAACAACAACAACAACAAGUGAAAGUCAACAGAAAAUUUAUGAAACGAAAAUUCGUAAAGAAAACACUGCCAAAAAAGAGCAACAACGACAACAAGACUUUUCACCCGCAUCAAAAGAGCAAAAGCAACGACGUGAUGAUGAGACAAAGAAAGUUACCGUUAGCACUAGGUCUAGUACAGAUAAGCAAGCAUUCCGUAGUAAAGAUGUGAAUGAAAGAGAAAGAGAAAAGAAAACUAAAACUAAAACUAAAACGAAUGAGGCUGGUUUGGCUGGCGCUUUGUCACAAUUGCGUCUCGGCGAACAACGCACACCCGAACAGGAGGCCUACGAACAGCUGAUGCGUCGCCAGUGCUGGGAGGCAGGACAAAUCGAUUAUGCGGGCAGAGAUUCCUUUGACAAUAUUUGGAAGAAAAUAACACAAACUUUGGAAUCGAAGCCCAGCCCAUCGCCACCAAAGGAGGAGGAUAAAUCUGCCGAAAAAGAACAACAAAAUUACGUAGUAGAAAAUCGAAAUCCCCCUAACAACUCUCCCUCUCCACAAAUAGGUGCACCUGUGGCAGUGCCACAACCUGAAGUUGAUUCUGAGACUAUGGCUAAGGCUGCGGCUGCCGUUGCGGCAGCAGCCCAAGCUGAGAAGGCUGAAUCGGAACGCUUAGAACGCAUUAAUCGCAUGCUGCAAGAGAGCGCUGUUAUGCUGGAAGAGCAGAAGGUGGAGGAGCGCUUGCCGCGACCUCUACUGACGGUGGAUACUAAUAAUGCUUUGUUGAGGCGUAGCAGAUCGCCAGCAAAUCGCCAUAAUAAUGCUUUUAGCAAUAACAAUAAUAACAAUAAUAACAUUUACAACAAUACUAAUGCACAAUCGCUCAAUGCGCCAAGAAAUUUAAAUAGGACACCCUCACCGAUGCAACAACAACGACAGCAGUUGGCAAUACAAAAACAAUUGCAACAGCAACAGGAACUACAACGGCAGUUGGAACAAGAAGAACGGCAACGGCGAUUGAUACAACAACAGAAGCAACAACAGGAGCAGGCCAUACAACGACAGUUGCAGCAACAACAACAGCAACAGGCGAUACAAAAGCAAUUGCAGCAGCAACAGCAAGCUGCACAGCGACAAUUACAACAAAUACAGCAACAACAGGCGAAGACGGUGCAAAGACAGCCCACCACACAACAGCCCAAACUAACGACACCUAUACAACAACAAACGUUGUUGCAAGCACAAGCACAAGCACAGGUACCAGUACAACAGCAACAAACGCGGACAAUAGUACAAGAACAACCACGCAAACAGUUACCGCAACCGCCGACCACUCAACAACCGCAACGUCCGCCGCGACUGCAUCAACAUAAUCACCCACAACAACAACAACAACAAGCACAAGCACAAACCUCACAACAAUCACAAGCACAAUCGUUAGCCGCCAAGCAGGCUCCCACCAGAUCCCACCGUAAGAACAAAUAACAAUUACUUAAACUGGUCGCUCGCUACGGUUGUCUGCUGCCCACCUGCAUACUGGAAGAGCUUGCAGGCGUGCGGCUACCGAAUCCCGUACAUGUAUGAUCGCAAAAGACAAACCGUAGGGCAGUUCAACCCCCGAACACGUAGUUGUAGAUCCAGGACCCUCACAAAAUCACGUUCAAAGGCUGACGAUGAACUCACCCACAUUUGCACAUACUUACAAGGACGUACUGAAAACGACUGAAAUAUUUACAAACAAACAUAUUCAACGACCUACGAAUUGCGUGUAAAUUUUUCUCAGUGUGACACCUCCCCUCGGGUGUUGCCGUUAAGUGCUUUAUUGGAAAUCGAACUCAGGAUUCGAAGCUUGAAUUUUUUUAUUCUAAUAUUAGCUGCGUAAGAUGCUUAAGAAUUAAACCACAGACUAAAAACUAAAAAACAAAAUUAAAAAUUAACAAAAAAAAA